GCACCACCGUUCUUACAACUCAAGCUGGCACGAGCCGCAGAAGUACACAGCGACGGUGGCAGAUAUCGAUCUGGACUUACUUCGAAGCUGUGCCGAUUCCAUCGAGCAAAGCUGGGAGCUGCUAGGCGAGCAGUAUCUUGCGCAAACCGGCGAUGUGGAGGGGACCGAGGAGAGGAACGGUACCAUCGUCCUAAAAUGCUGGCAAGGGAAGUGGUGGGCAGCACCCAGCUGCCGGCAGAACGUCUCCGAGUGCGCGGCGAUCGUCACCGGCGGUUCCGGCUGGGGAGCCCCUGCCACAUGUGGAAUGACGGAGAUGCCACAGCAAGCCUUCUUCUGGAAUAUGCCCCUGGCCUUCGCCACCGCAGCGCAGGCACCCGUGUCCCAGUAUUACCCGUUGAACAAGCAGCUCCAGAGCUUACUGUACUGGUGGGCGCCAGACACGAUGUUCGCUCUGGACGAUCCAAACAUGAUCAUUUUUCCGAAGAACAAUGCCAGAGAGUAUGCGGCUGGCCUCUACAGAACGGCCAAGGAUCGUGCGAUCCUGUCCAACUGGAUCGCUGGCGGCUUGGGCCGGUCGGAUAUCCGGGAUGCGUUGCAGCUCGUGCGCAAACUGCACUUCACAGACGAGGCGAUGCGUGGUCUCCUCGUAGAUUUUUCAACCUUCAACGGAAGUGCU